CAAAGCGCCGAGCGGUGCCUCCCCCCCGCCCCCGCCAACAAGGGGCUGCGGACACCCGCGGAGGGGCCGCGCAGCUCUGCGCGGCGGCCGGGGGUGACCCGCGGAGGGGGCGUUUCGCAGCCCCUUCAAGAACGGCCCCGGCUCCUCCGGACCUUUGUCUGGAUGGGAGGAGAAAGGAUGGAGGAACAGUGGUGGAAGGGGGAGCUGGCGGCAGACAUCCAUCAGACCCUGAGGACGAAGGAACUUAAUCUGCCUAUGUAUAAGGCUCAUUCACCACAGAUUGGGAUGCGCCGAUACUUCAUUGAUCUCCUGACUCUCCUCAGCAACCAUUGCAACCUCUGCCCUACAGCCCGGCAUCUCGCUAUCUAUUUAUUGGACCUCUUUAUGGAUCGCUAUGAUAUCACUGUCAAGCAACUGCACAUCAUUUCGUUUGCCUGUCUUCUUCUAGCAAGUAAAUUCGAAGAAAAAGAAGAUAAAGUUCCAAAGUUGGAGCACUUAAAUAACCUGGCAUACAUGUGCAAUGUGAAUGUGGUCUUGAACAAGAAGGAUUUGCUUAGAAUGGAAAUGCUGCUUUUGGAAAACUUCAACUGGAACCUCUACCUACCAACACCAGCACACUACAUUGACUACUACCUCUGUGUGUCCAUUGGUGAGAAUGACCUUCACAAUGGCUGGCCGAUCACCUCACUGACCAAAAUCAAAGAUUUUCUGGAGAAAUACGUGUAUUAUUUCCUUGAUUUCUCAGUGCAAGAUCACACUUUCCUCCAUUUUCGUCCAUCUCUGAUUGCUGCAGCUUGUGUAUGUGCCUCACGUAUCUGUAUGCAGAUUUCUCCUGCCUGGACAACACAGCUUGAAUUGCUAACGUGUUAUUCCUGGGAACAUCUUGCCCAAUGCAUUGAAAUGAUGCUCACAUAUUAUGAGAAUGACCUCAAAGAAGCCAGUAACAUAAAAAAGCAAGUAACAGUUCAACAUCAAGAACAGGAAGCAGUGGGAAACCUGAGCCAUCAAGCCACUACUCAAGUUCUCUUCCAACAAUCAAGUUACCACCCGUUAGCCCAGCAUUCAGCUAUGCUUUCCCAGUUCCAGUGUCCGGUGCAAGAUCUGUGCUCUGCUUACCGUGACUCCUUACAGGCCCAGAGGCCCCGCGGUCUCCUGGCCGGCAGUGCUGACAGCCCGCCGCACUCCUACGCGGCCCUUCAGGCCAGCCUUCGGCCGUCUGCCCAGGCUCUGCCCUUCCAAACGCCCGCCGCUGUGCAGGUGGCAUUGGGAACAGAGACCAGACACUUCAUCUCCACGGCUUAUGGCUGUAGUUACUUCAGUGGUCAUCACUCGUAUGCAGCUGGGUGUUUUGAUGGAUAAAUAUUGAAAGGAGAGAAAGGUGAUAUGAAUCGAAGCUAAAGAGGAGACCCUGUGUGUGUGAUACAAGAUGUGCAUCUGAAUGAAAACUGUGAAGGAAAAGAAUUCUUAUGACUUGUUCGUUCAGAGGAGGAUGUUCUGGAUCCACUGAUCACUGGAACCUGGGUGCCUUUCUGCCAAGGGUUGUACCUUUGGCUCUUAAUGAGAGGGAGAAAUAGAAGUUAAUCAAUAUACCUCGCUCUGUGUCACUUGGAGGCAUCUGUGUAGAAACCCUGUGGAGAUUACUUCCUUCCACUCCAGUCAGUGACUCAUCAGAGUUGGCUGAAAGCUUGUGUUGAAGAGUUAUUUAAGGCUGGAGGGUUUGUUGAAUCUCUGGUCAAGUAGCAAUGUACCUAGAGGAGGAUGUUGGAAAACAUUGAGUGCUCUCCUCUAGCAGUGACAUGUUGCUUGAACAGUGUCAGUUUAUACUACUGGAAGCUUCUACUAAAAUAUACCGAAAUCGGUAUCAGUUAAAUGUGAACUUCUUUUAUGCGGAAAUCUGUGUAGAACACUUUCCAUGUUCUUUGAGCAGAAGUGAUAGUUCAGGAGUAAGACUUUAGAAUAAAAGGCAAAGACAAAAAAAAACCCAGAAGACUAUCAAAUAAUUUUUGAGUUAAUAUUCUCUUGGAAUCUAAAUGUGGUGCUGCUGAAGGGAACAUCACCCUGCCUUCAAGUAUUUUAGAAACAAAACCAAAACCUUAAAUCAUCUCUUAGAUCUUUAAUGUGCUGCUGCUUUUGAGACUGGAGAUUAUAGUUAGUAAACUGUUCAUGAGGUUUAUCAGGGAUUUAAUGUUACUUGAAGAAAUCAUCUUGGAAAAACUUAAAGCUUUCUGCCUUCAGCUAUUUAAUUUCCUUGGCUCAGUGACUUGUGGCAGUAGUUGAGACUCAGGACAGAGGAACUGGUGUUAAUGGGGGCAAAGAUAGGGAACUGGUUAACUUUGCUGUGAAAUUAAGAGUAUGAUUGCAGUGCUAGACAAUGUUGACUUGUUUAUUUAAAUACCAUCUUAGUCUUAGCGUUCUCUUGAAAUAUGUAGUUGGUAAAUUGAAGAUCCUGUUGCUUCUUUGCAAUGAGACGCGCACCUACUGUCACAUAUCCAAAGGUUUCUUUCUCAGCUGAAACCAGGGAUGAUUGUUCAAAAAACUGUGUAGGUUUUUUUUAAUGUUAAUGCAGAUAUUUACAAGAAAUGGACUGCUGCAAAUGCAAAACUUUAGUUUUGAUAUAUGCAACCACUAUUGUAAAUUUGUUUGAAGGCAGUACUCUUGGUUUGUCUUUGCUCUGAAGGUCCUCAGGACAGCAAUACAAGUGAUGUGCAAUAUGCUUUGACUGACUUGGGGUAAUUUCUUCAAGUCAUAUGUCACAGUGCUAUUUUAAAUUAUAUUUUUAAAGAAUUGUUUUUAAGGGUGUUUUAAGUGGAGGGGAAAAACUAGCCUGCAUGCUAAUGCAUGUCGGUAUAACAUCUUCUGAGAAUGCAACAUUUGGUAUCAAGUUAAUUUUUUUCAUUCAGCAGGCUAGAGGAAUCUUCAUGUUCUUUCUAAAAAAAAGGCAAACUGUAAAUAAAGAGACAGUACUCUUCAGAAAUUAGCCUGUUUUAGAGAACUUAGUUCACCUCUUAUUCUGUUGGUUCUGUAUUUAUAUUAAACUUUAUUUUCAGAAGACUUUAGUGUAUUCUUUAUGCCAUUUGACAGAUGUAAGGAACAAUAUAUGUGCCAGUACUGUUGCGUGGUUUUUCUUUAUCAUCUUUAUAAUUUGCAUCAUGUGCAGUGUUAUACUUUGGAUUGCCAUAGUCCUUAAUUGUGAAAAUACUUGUCAAGUUCCCAGUGAAAGUUUUCAAUAAACAAGCACACAGCUGAAA